UGUUAUCUCUAAUCAAAGACUUGGCACUACAAGUCAAGCAUCAUUCUUCCCUUUGUCUCUCUCUCUUUCUCUCUCUCUCCAGCUCUCUGCAGAGUUGUUGAUUAUUCGAAUGGCGUCCGAUCUCGAAACUAGGGCUAAAGAGGCCUUCAUCGACGACCACUUCGAGCUCGCCGUUGACCUCUACUCUCAAGCCAUCGCUAUUGACCCUAAGAACGCCGAGCUCUUUUCCGACCGCGCUCAGGCCAACAUCAAACUCAACAACUUCACUGAGGCUGUUUCUGAUGCAAACAAAGCAAUUGAGUUGGACCCUUCAAUGGCCAAAGCAUACUUACGUAAAGGUACUGCAUGUAUCAAGCUUGAAGAAUAUCAGACUGCUAAGGCUGCCCUGGAAACAGGUGCUUCUUUGGCUCCAGAUGAUUUGAGAUUCACUAACUUGAUCAAAGAAAGCAAUGAGCACAUUGCAGAGGAAAAUGGUGAGCUACCCAAGCAGUCGUUGAAUGAAACUCCAACUAGUGUUGCAAUUCCUCCGGCUUCUGAAUUGACUGAUAAAACUGUUGAAACUACAAAAGCUGCUCAGCCAGUGGUAUCAUCAACCAAACCAAAAUACAGGCAUGAAUUUUACCAGAAACCAGAGGAAGUUGUUGUUACUUUAUUUGCAAAGGGUGUACCAGCUGAAAGUGUAUCGGUUGAAUUCGGUGAACAAAUACUGAGUGUCACCAUUGAUGUUUCUGGUGAAGAUGAUGUAUACACUUUUCAACCUCGGUUAUUUGGGAAGAUAAUUCCUUCAAAAUGCAAGUAUCAAGUCUUGUCAACAAAGAUUGAAAUCCGCCUUGCUAAAGCUGAAGCCAUAACUUGGACAACUCUGGAAUUCAACAAGGAAAAUACUGUUCUACAGAGGAUAAAUGUAUCAUCAGGUACUCAAAGGCCUAUUUACCCUUCCUCAAAGCCAAAUAGAGUAGAUUGGGAUAAACUGGAAGCUCAAGUGAAAAAAGAGGAGAAAGACGAAAAGUUGGAUGGUGAUGCAGCUUUGAACAAAUUUUUCCGGGACAUAUAUAAAGAUGCUGAUGAGGACACCAGAAGAGCAAUGAGCAAAUCUUUUGUUGAGUCGAAUGGGACAGUGCUAUCGACAAACUGGAAAGAAGUGGGGUCCAAGAAGGUGGAAGGAAGCCCUCCAGAUGGCAUGGAGAUGAAGAAAUGGGAAUACUAGACUCAUUCUGGUUGUGGAUUCUUUGGUGUGAAUUUUUCGUUCAGUUUUGAAUUUGUCCAUAAUAUUUCUCAAACUCAUGCAGAACUGUAUUUAAUCCAUUAAAUUAUGUACCCUGAAAUGACUUAUCAGUACUCCGAGUUAGAAUUAGCAUCAAGGGCUUGUUGAACAUAUUGUUGAAAUAUUGGAGUCUAAUGUUUUUGGACACUGCUUCAGCUUUCCCUUCUAUGAUAUGUUUGUCUUGUUCCUUGCAA